GUCAAGGUGGUCCAUUCCGGUGCAGUUUGCUACUUUUCUGGAUUGCUGCCUGCAGGAUUCAUGCGAUUUACCCUUUGUGAUGUGGAAGUGGUGCGACAGUUCCCGUGUGCCGAAGUCAUUACAGGUGAUCUGGGUGACAUUUCUGUCAUCGCUGAAGCGUGGAAGAAGGCCGAUGGGGCCCAGUCGGAGUCCCUUCCGAAAGCCUUAAAGGCUGCCUAUUACCUGCAAAGUAAGGUGGUCCUGCUCGAACGUGUCACACCGGCAGGAUUUGCAUUGUCUGAGAAGCGCCUUCAGGAGAAAGGUUUGUUUGGGCUGUUGGUUCAGUCACAGGAUUACAAGGAAAUUCCUCUCACACAGUUGAUGCUCUGUAGUCAUUGGCCUGCGCUGAAAGCUGAAAUGAUUUCCAUUGCGGCAGUCUUGGACAGCAUCAUUUGCAGUCAUUCGGGGGCCGUGGCAGCCUCUUCUGACUUUGAGGCUCCAGAAACACCUUGGUAUGACCAGCCCAUUGCGGAUCCCAAAUGUGAUCUGUGUUUGCAGGUGUCUGUUUCCAUGGUGACUUUGAUUGAUGUUGAUGGCAGUUCCUUUCCUUUUGGAUUUCAGGCAGGGUCCACCAUUUCUGAUGUUUUGCAAGCACAUGCCAGAUUAACGGGCCCUUUGACCGUUCAACUUGUCUCUGAUGAUCGGGGGCAUUUCCUUCCGUUCAACCAAGUGAUUGAGCCGGGACAAGCCAUUCUUGUUUUCUUGUCCAAAUCAGGUGAAGGUGAACAUUUCUCAAAUCGUGCGCCUGAAUCUGAAAGCGAUAGGGAUGCUGCUCCCCCUUCCGUUGGUGAUGUUGAUAUGGGUCCUGGCCGCCCUGAUGGCAUUUUGAGUCCCUUGCCUGUUCCCAAUGUGGCUGCUGCAGGGGAAUCCGGGCUACUCCCUAGAAUGCCCGACGAGACUUUGCAAGCAGAUCUGCCAUCUGAUGUGAAAAGUGGUGCCUUACCCACCAGUGUGAUUUCGCCUACUGCAGUUUGGACACAGCAGUGCCAACCUGAAGGUGAUAGUGAGUUCAGUGCCUCAGAACAAGGCAAAUUGCCAUCGCUGUGGGGCUCUGUACAGGCGCUCCUUGGGCUGACUCAGCAACAGUUUUUGCGAUUGUCUGUACCUUGCAUUGGGGAUUCAGCAAAGUUGCUGUCACUGCGCAGCCAAGUUGUCACCAUCAAUGAACGCAUUCAAUUGUUAGAUGUGCAACAAGGCUUGUGGGCUGAUGAUGAGAUUGCCUUUCACUUGAAGCAACUUGUUGAGCAGUUUUGUAGUCUUCCCAAGGCGGAUCCUUCCAUGUGUUUAGGAACCCAGUCUUUGCCGGCUGCGGUGCCGAUUGCAUCCGAUGAGUUGAGCCUGUUUCAACUCCUGGCUGCUGAUUGCCAAAUGCUGAAGGACUUUGUUAUUGGAGUCUUCAAGUGGGAUAAGCAUUGGUUUCCUGUCCUGUUUCUCCCUGCUGGGGAUCAUGAUCGCAUUGCUUUGAUUGUUGAACAUGGCAAGGAUAUGGGGGAUGAUGAAAUCAGAUUUCAUCUUGCCACCUUGCUGAAACAACGUGGUGACCGUAUUUUGGUGGGUCACGAAGUUUUACCCAUUGUCCUGGGCUUUGAGGGGAUCAAUUUUUUGAACUGGGAUGCCACAGGACACAUUGUGACCGAGAAGUGGUGUCAGAGCUUUCCACAGGUCAAAGAAAAAGGGCAUCAGAUUGUCCGAGGUCGUGCCCAGACGGUCUCCACUAAGGCAGUUAAGUUUGGACAAUUUGCCCCAGUGCGGAUUGGCAAGACACGUCGGUGGCUGAUGUCUCUUUCUGUGUCUGACAGGGCAGCCUAUCGGAAAUUGUUGAAUGGGGCCCACAUCACUCAGGAUGCUAAGCACUAUUGCCAGGAGAGUGAGUCUGACGUCUGCAUGUAUUGCCCGUGUGUGGACUCUCGUUUUCAUAGAUUCUGGCAAUGCCCCUCCUUCCAGGCCUGUCGGGAAGGGGUUGAUGAUGAGUUGUUUGCGGCUCUUCCUGAGCUUCCUGAAUGCGUUACAUGUUAUGGUUGGGCCCUUCGCCCUACCACGUGUGUUGAGUGGUAUGGUUUCCUGCAUAACAUUGCCUGUCCUGACCUUCCAGUUGCCCCAGAUGUUGCUGGUGAUAUGCUGCAUGUGUUCACUGAUGGAAGCUGUUGUAACCCUGCCUACCCAGAAGCAAGGUUCGCCUCUUAUGCUGUGGUCACUGCUGAUCCUGCUAUGCUCCAGCCGGCUAGGGUGCUCGACUGUGGACCACUUCCAGGGCUUCGUCAGACCUCUGUCCGGGCUGAGCUAUUUGCAGUGCAUCGUGUAAUUCGUAUUGCUGCCACGUAUGGUUUGAGGGUUAUGAUCUGGUCAGACUGUCUUUCCGUGGUUCGACGUUUGCGUAGGAUCAUUGGAGGUGCAAGAGUCAAGAUCAAUUCUCCCAAUGCAGAUCUGUGGCUCCGUAUUCAAAAUGAUUUACAAGAGGGAAGUUGUGAGAUCCACUGCACCAAGGUGACGGCUCACAGAAACCUGGAGGAAGCCAACACCUUGUUGGAAGAGUGGUGUUUUCAACAUAAUCAUUUUGCUGAUCGUGCAGCUGCACAUGCUCAAGAUUUACGUCCUGCGGAUUUUUGGGACUUGCUUGCUAGGCAUACUGCCGCAUGUGUGCGAGUUGAUGCUUGGAAUGCUCAAAUCCAGAAAGUUCUGUUGGCGGUAAGUAAACAGGUCUUGGAAGGGGUGAACAAUCAUGAAGCUGAACCUGAGAGUGUCCCCAUUACCUCUGUCCCGAUUCAGACUUGGCAGCCCUUGCCAGAUUUGCCUGUUUUACCUCAAGGUGCCGUGCGAUGGUACGGCUCUAGCAUUGUGCAGUCCUUUGCCAAGGUCUUGCGUGAAAUCUUGCGGCACUCAGGAGUCAAAGUU